AUGCUCGAAGUCAGCCAGGUCACCCGUCGUUUCGGGACCAAUGUCGCCGUCGACAAUGUGACGAUCGGCAUUCCCGAAGGGCAGAUGGUGGGCGUUAUCGGCGCCUCUGGCGCGGGCAAGUCGACGCUGCUGCGGAUGAUCAACCGGCUGAUCGACACGACCGAGGGCAAGAUCGUCUUCUCCGGCACGAACGUGUCGGCGCUGCGCGGGCAGAAGCUGCGCAACUGGCAGCGCGACUGCGCCAUGAUCUUCCAGCAGUUCAAUCUGGUGCCGCGUCUCGACGUUCUGACCAAUGUGAUGCUCGGGCGGCUCAACCACCGCUCGUCGGUGGCAAGCCUGUUGAACAUCUUCUCCGAUCAGGAACGCGCCAUGGCGAUCGCGGCGCUCGAACGGCUGGGCAUCGAGCGCGCCGCGAUGCAGCGCGCCGGGACGCUGUCGGGCGGCCAGCAACAGCGGGUCGCGAUCGCGCGCGCCCUGAUGCAGCAGCCCAAGGUCAUUCUCGCCGACGAGCCGAUCGCGUCGCUCGAUCCGCGCAACGCUCAGAUCGUCAUGCAGUCGCUGCGCGACAUCAACCGCAAUGACGGCAUCACCGUCGUCACCAAUCUGCACACGCUCGACACCGCCCGCACCUUCUGCGAGCGCAUCAUCGGCAUGCAGGCCGGCAAGGUCGUGUUCGAUGGCGGACCGGACGAUCUGACAGAGGCCGCCGCCCGGUCGAUCUAUGGCGCGGACGGGCUCGAGGAUGCGUUCUCCGAAGCCGUCACCUCGACCAGCCUCGCGCCGGCAAGGCCCGCACGCGCCAAGGAAACCAAGGAACCGGCGCUGGUUGGCGCCUGA